UUUCCGAUCACUCGCCACUGUGACCGCGGCCAAGUCCACUCCCUCUGCAUUUCUUGACCUCAAAGCUGGCAAAGGAAUGAGUGAGUUUCAUGAUAUUGAGCUCAAAGUCCGGGAUUAUGAAUUGGAUCAAUAUGGAGUUGUGAAUAAUGCUGUCUAUGCAAGUUAUUGUCAACAUGGUCGUCAUGAGCUUUUGGAAAGGAUUGGUAUCGAUUGUGAUGCAGUUGCCCGCACUGGUGAUGCAUUGGCCCUAUCAGAGUUGUCACUCAAAUUCCUUUCACCUCUAAGAAGUGGAGAUAAGUUUGUUGUGAAGGUGAGGAUCUCUGGCUCAUCGGCUGCUCGCUUAUACUUUGAGCACUUCAUUUUUAAGCUGCCAAAUGAAGAGCCUAUUUUGGAGGCAAAGGCCACAGCAGUUUGGCUUGACAAACAUUAUCGCCCUGUCCGUAUUCCACCUGAGAUGAGAUCUAAAUUUGUUCAGUUUCUUCGCCAUGAAGAUUCUAAUUGAUUUAAUUGCAAAAAGAACUUUUUAAACAAAAUUCUUGCCUAUAUACCCGCUGGAACCGAUAGUACAUUUCCCUCACAAUAUACCUUUUUCAGCUUCGUAUAAAAACCUGGACUCUACAAAACUAAUCAUACUUGCUUAGCAAUAUCUGACAACUUUCUUGGGAUAAAAGAAAAAAGGGUGGCGGAGGAAAUGAUCGGCCAUGAUUUGAGGAUUUUAAAAGAUUGAUUCUUUAACCUUAUACUUGUUUGUGUA